AUGUAAAAAAAGGCCUAUUUUAACUAAAGAUUCAAAAUAACAUUAGGGUUUGUGACAAACGAAAUUUGGGGAGAUGAAGGGAAUCGUCGACGACGAGGAAAUUGGGAAUGAAUCGCCGCCGCAUGAUUUUCGAUCACUAAUCCAUGAUCCUGAGUAUCUCCAACUGAGAGACAUGCGAAAGCAAUCUGCGGAGGUAUAUGACAGGCAUGGUUGGACUGACUGGGGUGAUGAUAAAAUCUGUCGCGCAACGGAUGAUGAUGAUGAGUUUCUUGUUGAUUAUGACAUUUGCCUCUGCGGCAGACUUGGACUAUAUUGUUACAAUUUUCAGAAGGGUAAAAACCUUGAGCUUGAGGGUGUGAGAAGAAUAUAUACUCAGUAUAGUUCCAAGGUUUUCUUUACAAUGGAGGCCGUGGAUCCAGCCGACAAUUAUUCUCUAUAUAGUCUGAGGACGUGGGUUAAGCAUGACGAGCAUGCAAACACUGUGCUAUCAACGUGGGAGACAUGCUUUUGCGACGUGAGAGAUGGCGAAGAGACGGAUCAUGAGUGGGACAAUGAGGCAAUAGAUGAUCGGUACAAAGGUGAAAUGCCCAAAUGGUUUUCUGAUGACGAUCUGCAACAUUGCUAUGUGUUGAAAGAUUCAGAGUUGCUGGACCCUAACCUGCAUCUCUUCGCUGAGUUUGCAUUCUACAAGAAAUGGUGUCUACAGUUUUGGCCAGAAGAUAUUGCGGGAUGCCUACCAUUGGAUAUUCAAAAGGUUGUUGUCGAAACUCGAGGAGAAGUUGAAACAGAGCCGCGUGAGAAGCUCAAGGCCGCUAAUGCAAUCUUCUACAUAAGUUUUCAAUGUGUGUAUGAUCCAGUGACAGGCGAGGAGGCUGAUUAUAGAGCGGUUGUACGAAAGACAAUGGAUGGGAAACCAGGUCACAUACGUCUAGAGGUAUCUGUUGGAGCACCUAAUCAAGCCGAUGGAUCAGAAGAAAGGGGUUUGGCUGGUGAUCACGAAGGGAUAAUAAGGAAAACCAUGGAUGGGAAACCAGAACAUAUGUGUAUUGAAGUUGCUCGAGAAACUGAAGAAUACAUACCUAGCGAUUAUGAAUCUCUUCUGUUCUAAUUAUCAGUCACUAUAUAUUUGAAACUUUUAUCAUGUUAUAUUGCACGCCAUUGUGUUUGGCUUGUGUUUUAAUAAUGUUUACAACUAUUAUCAUGAAUUAUAAAUUCAUUUUAGCUCC